AUGUCGGCUGCGAAAGGCGAUCUAUGGCUUGAAACAGGCUCCUCGGGCGUGGUUAAUGCCCUCACAGGAUAUCUUUCAUCCAUAGGCUUUGUUAAGAGAAAAUCUGAUGCCUCACUACUAAUCAGAUAUGGUGUAGGUGAUACAUUGUUUGUCCUCGUCUAUGUCGAUGAUAUUAUUAUCACUGGGAGCAAUACUUUAAGUGUCAAUCAGGUUGUCACUUCCCUUGCUUCUAAGUUCUCUAUUAAAGAUUUAGGUAAUCUUCACUAUUUUCUUGGUGUUGAAGUGAUACACAACUCUAACGGUUUAAUUCUCACCCAAGCAAAUUAUGUGAAUGAAAUCUUAAAUGAUGAGCUAAUGACCGACUGCAAGAGUGUUAACACGCCAAUGAGUGCAUCUGAGUUACUCACCUUAUCUGAUGGAACUCACUUGACUGAUGCUACACGUUAUCGCCGAGUCUUGGGUAGGCUUCAAUAUCUAUCCUUCACUAGACCUGACAUAGCCUAUGCAGUCAACAAGCUUUCUCAAUUCAUGAAAGCACCAUCAGACCUUCACUGGAAGGCUGUAAAACGUGUUCUUCGAUACCUACGUGGUACCAUUCAACUCGGCCUACGCGUUACUCCUAUUGAUGAAUUCAAUCUACAUGUGUACUCUGAUGCAGAUUGGGUGGGGACAUUGUUGACAGAUUGGUCCUCAAAGAAGCAAAAUAUUGUCUCACGCUCCUCCACUGAGUCUGAAUACAGGGCUGUAGCUAAUGCACUUUCUGAAACCUUAUGGGUCACCAAUCUCCUAAAUGAGUUGCACUUUCCAGUACAUAAGCUACCCACAAUUUAUUGUGACAAUCUUGGAGCCACAUUCUUGAGCAAGAAUCCUGUUCUCCAUAGCCGUGUGAAGCAUGCUGCUGUGGACUUUCACUUUGUUCGCCACUAUGUUGACAUCAAAAGGGUUCGUGUUAUUCAUGUCCAUGGCGCUGAUCAAAUUGCUGACACUCUCACCAAGGCACUUCCUAAAUCUUCUUUUGAGUCUAAUUUGUUCAAGUUAGGCUUGGUGACUCAUCGCCUAACUUGA